CUCCAGGGAGAGCCACGGCUGGCUUGGCACUUCCAUGUGGCUCCGCCGGGGAUGGAGGACUCGGCGGUGGCAGCGGCGCCUGCCGCUGCGGCGGCGAUGGUGGAGCGGCUCUGAGGAGGGCGCGGGGGCCACGCUCCUCCAGGCAGCGGGAUUAGAGCCUUCCAGAAUCCAUGUCACAUAGCCCCGAGUGUGGAAUGUGAUGUCUCCAUGAGGGAGCUUCCUCUCACUCCUCCUGUCAUGUAUAUCAUACUGCUUUUGACUGGGCCAUUCAUCUAAGAUGGGAUUUACCCUGUGAAACAGGGAGAAGACUUAUGGACUCCCAAGCAUCAUUUCAAGUGAUAGUUGAGUUUUAAAAAGUACAGACAUACAUGCAAAGCUCUUUUGCUUUGGACCUUCUGCUUUAUUAAAGCUGUCGUGUUGCGAAUCCAGAAGUGUUCCAGUGUAUUGAACCCAUCACCAUGGCUUCAGUUUGGAAGAGACUCCAGCGCGUGGGAAAACAUGCAUCCAAGUUUCAGUUUGUGGCUUCCUACCAGGAGCUGAUGGUUGAAUGUACAAAGAAAUGGCAACCAGACAAACUGGUGGUAGUUUGGACAAGAAGAAGUCGAAGGAAGUCUUCUAAGGCUCAUAGCUGGCAACCUGGAAUAAAAAAUCCAUAUCGUGGUGUUGUUGUUUGGCCUGUUCCUGAAAACAUUGAAAUCACUGUAACACUUUUUAAGGAUCCUCAUGCAGAGGAAUUUGAAGACAAAGAGUGGACAUUUGUCAUAGAAAAUGAAUCCCCUUCUGGUCGAAGGAAAGCUCUUGCUACUAGCAGCAUCAAUAUGAAACAAUAUGCAAGCCCUAUGCCAACUCAGACAGAUGUCAAGUUAAAAUUCAAGCCAUUGUCUAAAAAAGUUGUUUCUGCCACUCUCCAGUUUUCAUUAUCUUGUAUUUUCCUUCGGGAAGGAAAAGCCACGGAUGAAGAUAUGCAAAGUUUGGCUAGCUUGAUGAGUAUGAAACAGGCUGACAUUGGCAAUUUAGAUGACUUUGAAGAAGACAAUGAAGAUGAUGAUGAGAACCGUGUGAAUCAAGAGGAAAAAGCAGCGAAAAUUACAGAAAUUGUAAACCAGUUGAAUGCUCUGAGCAGCUUAGAUGAAGAUCAAGAUGACUGCAUAAAACAAGCAAAUAUGCCUUCAGCUAAAUCAGCCAGUUCCUCUGAAGAACUUAUCAAUAAACUUAACUUUUUGGAUGAAGCAGAAAAAGACUUGGCCACUGUGAAUUCAAAUCCAUUUGAUGAACCUGAUGUAGAAGAAUUAAAUCCAUUUGGAGAUCCUGACUCAGAAGAACCAGUCACUGAAAAAGCUUCACCUAAAAAUCCAGAAGAAUAUUUUUAUAAUGACAGCUAUAAUUCCUUUAAAGAUGUACAGACUUCACAGUAUUUGAACCCAUUUGAUGAGCCAGAAACUUUUGUAACUAUAAAGGAUUCUCCUCCCCAGUCUACAAAAAGAAAAAAUAUAAGACCCGUGGAUAUGAGCAAGUACCUCUAUGCUGAUAGCUCUAAAACUGAAGAAGAGUUGGAUGAAUCAAAUCCUUUUUAUGAACCUAAAUCAACUUCUCCAAAUAACUUGGUAAAUACAGUUCAAGAAGUGGAAACUGAAAAGAGAGUGAAAAGAAAAGCACCAGCUCCACCAGUCCUUUCACCAAAGACAGGAGGAGUGAAUGAGAGCACAUUUGCUUCUGCAGGAAGAGAUUUCUCUGCUUCACCUAAGCCAAGCCCUAUACCAAGCCCUGUUUUGGGGCGAAAGCCAAAUGCUAGUCAGUCAUUGCUUGUAUGGUGCAAAGAAGUCACGAAAAAUUACCGGGGCGUGAAAAUCACCAAUUUUACUACAUCAUGGAGAAAUGGUUUAUCUUUUUGUGCAAUAUUACACCACUUUAGACCAGACUUAAUUGACUACAAGUCUCUGAAUCCUCAAGACAUUAAAGAAAACAACAAAAAGGCUUAUGAUGGAUUUGCCAGCAUAGGAAUUUCCCGGUUAUUGGAGCCUUCUGAUAUGGUUCUAUUGGCAAUUCCUGAUAAACUGACUGUUAUGACUUACCUCUAUCAAAUAAGGGCACAUUUCAGUGGCCAAGAACUAAAUGUUGUUCAGAUAGAAGAAAAUAGCAGUAAAAGCACAUAUAAAGUUGGAAACUAUGAAACAGAUACAAACAGUUCUGUGGACCAAGAAAAAUUCUAUGCAGAACUUAGUGAUCUAAAGAGGGAACCUGAACCACAACAGCCGCCUACCAGUGGAGCAGUUGACUUCUUGUCCCAGGAUGACUCUGUAUUUGUAAAUGAUAGUGGGGUUGGAGAGUCAGAAAGUGAGCAUCAGACUCCUGAUGAUCACCUUAGUCCGAGCACAGCCUCUCCUUAUUCUCGCAGGACUAAAAGUGAUACAGAACCCCAGAAAUCCCAGCAAAGCUCUGGAAGGACUUCAGGAUCUGAUGACCCUGGAAUAUGUUCCAAUACAGAUUCAACCCAAGCACAGAUUUUGUUAGGCAAGAAGAGACUACUAAAAGCUGAGACUUUAGAAUUAAGUGACUUAUAUGUUAGUGAUAAGAAGGAUGUAUCUCCACCCUUGAUUUGUGAAGAGACAGAACAACAAAAGUUUCAGAAUAUAGAAAUCAGUAAUAACUUGGAACAAGAUAAAAUAGAAACUUCUAGACCCCUGGAAUGCAGAUCCAAUGCUGAAUCACCUACUAAAACAGCAAGUUUAUCUCCUACUUCUAAACUUGGAUACUCAUAUAGUAGAGAUGCAGACCUUUCCAAGAAAAAACGUACUUCUCUGAGGCAGAUAGAAUCGGAUCCAGUUGCUGAUAGAACCACUUUAAAUCAUGCUGAUCAGUCUUCCAAAAUGGUGCAGCAUCGAAUGUUAUCCCGACAAGAAGAACUUAAAGAAAGAGCAAGAGUUCUGCUUGAGCAAGCAAGAAGAGAUGCAGCUGUAAAAGCUGGGAAUAAACAGAAUGCCAGUGCAGCUACACCAUUAUGCAACAGGCAGCUAAGUGAUCAGCAAGAUGAAGAGCGACGUCGGCAGCUGAGAGAGAGAGCUCGUCAGCUAAUAGCAGAAGCUCGAUCUGGAGUGAAGAUGUCAGAACUUCCUAGCUAUGGUGAAAUGGCUGCAGAAAAGUUGAAAGAAAGGUCAAAGGCAUCUGGAGAUGAAAAUGAUAAUAUUGAGAUAGAUUCUAAUGAGGAGAUUCCUGAAGGCUUUGUUGUAGGAGGUGAAGAUGAACUUACUAACUUAGAAAAUGACCUUGAUACUUCUGACCAAAAUAGUAAGUUGGUGGACUUGAAGCUGAAGAAACUCCUAGAAGUUCAGCCACAGGUGGCAAAUUCACUUUCCAGUGCUGCCCAGAAAGCUAUAACUGAGAGCUCAGAACAAGACAUUAAGAAUGGCAUGGAAGAUCUCCGGACUGAGAGAUUACCAAAAGCAACAGAACGUUUUAGAAAUCCUGUUGUGUUCAGCAAGGAUUCAGCAGUCAGAAAAACUCAACUUCAAUCUUUUAGUCAAUAUGUUGAGACUAGACCAGAGAUGAAAAGGCAGAGAUCAAUACAGGAAGAUACAAAGAAAGGAAAUGAGGAGAAGGCAGCGAUAACUGAAACUCAGAGGAAGCCAUCAGAAGAUGAAGUGCUUAAUAAAGGGUUCAAAGACACCAGUCAGUAUGUUGUAGGAGAAUUGGCAGCACUAGAGAAUGAGCAAAAGCAAAUUGACACCCGUGCCGCGCUGGUGGAGAAGCGCCUUCGCUAUCUCAUGGACACAGGAAGGAACACAGAAGAAGAAGAAGCUAUGAUGCAAGAAUGGUUUAUGUUAGUUAAUAAGAAAAAUGCCCUAAUAAGAAGAAUGAACCAGCUCUCUCUUCUGGAAAAAGAACAUGAUUUAGAACGAAGGUACGAGCUGCUGAACCGGGAGCUGCGGGCAAUGCUAGCCAUUGAAGACUGGCAGAAGACUGAGGCCCAGAAGCGACGCGAGCAGCUCCUGCUGGAUGAGCUGGUGACUCUGGUGAACAAGCGAGAUGCCCUUGUGAGAGACCUGGAUGCACAGGAGAAGCAGGCGGAAGAAGAAGAUGAGCAUUUGGAGCGAACUCUGGAACAAAACAAAGGCAAGAUGGCCAAGAAAGAGGAGAAAUGUGUUCUUCAGUAGCCAUCAGACCAGCAUCUCUCCCAGCAUUUUAGUCUUGGGCCCCCAGACCAGCAACAGACUGGUUGUUUCAAAAGUUAACAUUACAUUUGGCCGGAUUAUACUUCUGUACCAUCAUCACCACUUUUACCCCUUUCCAGAUAAUAUACAGAACUCCAAACAUAGCUCUGUUUAAGGAUUUUUUUUUUCUUCUGUGAGUGAAUAUUUUCUUUUGGAAUCAUGUGAGAUAGAUUUGCACAGACACUUUGUGAGUAAUUGAUGUUGGAGGUGUUCAAGAAACUGUUCAAAAAGAAAACACUUCCCGCAUUAUUUCCCCUCAUUGUUUGAUAGGAGGAAAAUUUGAGACAUUUCUGGUGGUGGUGGUGGUGGUGGUGGUGGUGGUAAUAGCAUAAUGACCGUGUAGGGGGGAGGGAGGCAAGGCAGGAUAAGAAAAAUGCCACGAUUUUUCCAUUCCUGCCAUCCGUAACAUUUACUCUGUUACCUAAAUUUCAUAGUUAGAUCAUAUUCAAUCUACUUAUUAAACUAUGUUUAUUUACCAGUGAGGUUUUCUGCAAUUGUUUUGCAUUUCAUUAUAGGGAUAAUGGAAUUCCUCUGCUUUCCUCCAAAGAUGGCCCUUUAAAAGGUAGCCUGAGACAAACCCUGGUAUGUGCAGGUGAUGAGAGGAAUUGACAUGAAGCAGUUUACAAAGACAGUUUUAUCAUGGAAUAAUCUGCCAUCUUUUUCUCUGGAUACUAUUUAUUACAUCUUGCUUCGUUCUUACAUUUUGUUGUGUCUCAACAUUGGCUCAAGAAUGCUGUUAAUAUUUAUUCUGUAUUGAUAAAAGUAUGUCUUGCCACUACAAGUAAAUCUUUCCAGUUAAUAUUUUCUUUUCUAGCAUAGCACUGUCUUUUUUGUGAAAAUGGUUAUCUGUUUAUUUAUUACAAUACUGAGUCAUAUAUAAAUUUUCAAUAAAAGCAGAAACUUUCUUACCUUA